ACGAUCCAAAAUGGCGGAUGCAGAAAGCAAGAAAUUCCGUUCAAAACGAAUUCGUCUUUCUCCUGAGAGAGAAAUCGAAGGUCUUAGCCCACCUAAAGCUUCAAAAAGUGAUAAAGAAGGAGCAAUAGUCGACGAAGAGCCAAUUUUGUCAAAUUUUAGCGUCUUUCAAGAAACUAGUUGUUCGUCACGUGAACAUGAUGGCGGCAAUAACGAAUUUUCAAAGCACGAACAAUUCGACGGGGACGACUUCCCGAGCUGUUUUAGCGUAGAAGAUGACAUUGAUAAUAUCGAAGAACGUCAUUACCAGCCCAUAGCAGGUCCAAUGGGUUGGGUUCAGCGGCAGAUGACUCUCGGUAUCAAUCCAAGAGAAAUACUCUCUUACAUGAUACCCCAUGCUAAAGUGGUUUCUGUGUCUUGUGGUAUCCCAGACUUCAGAUCACGUGAUGGUAUAUAUGCUCGUCUAAGUCAAGAGUACCCUGACCUACCAGAUCCUCAAGCCAUGUUUGAUAUUACAUACUUUAAUCAGAAUCCCAAACCAUUCUUUAAAUUUGCUAAGGGUCUUUUUCAACAGCUUCAUGUACCAAUUGUAAAUAUCAAGUAUCUUCAAGUGCRAUCAAAGAAGAUAUAUUUAGUCAAAAAAUUCCAACUUGUCCAAAAUGUAAGGAAGAAGAAGAUGGGGCUUUUGCUAUCAUGAAGCCUGAUAUUGUCUUCUUUGGUGAGAAUCUUCCUUCUGAUUUCUACCAUCACUUAGAAGAAGAUUCAGAAAAGGCUGAUCUUUUGAUUGUUAUUGGAUCAUCGUUAAAAGUGAGACCAGUUGCUUUGAUACCAAGUCGCAUUGCUGAAGAUAUCCCUCAAAUUCUAAUUAACCGAGAACCUCUACGUCACAUGACAUUUGAUGUCGAGUUGCUAGGCGACUGCGAUGUGAUUGUGACGGAGCUGUGUAAAACGUUAGGUGGGGAAUGGACGUCUAUUCUUGACGAAACAGAAGUUCCCACUGUGGACAGAGAUCUCUAUACAACACUAGUUGAGGAUACGAGUAAUGACCAACACUUACUAAAUUCUGACAGGGAGGGAAGUGCCUCCUUAGAACUACAUAAACAAAAUCCACUUCAAGACCAGACAUCAUGUGGUCCUUUAAGUGUGCCCAUGCUAGAUCACCUGAGUCAAACACCAACACACAUACCUAACCUUCCUCAUAAACUCCAACAAGAAGAUACACUACCCCAUAGAGAAGAUACGACAAUUCCUGGUUUAUUGACUGGUUCUGAUACUCUACCACAAGCGCAACUUCAAAUUGGUCUAGAUCAAGAUAAAGCACUGGCCACCAGUCACCUCUUUACUGAUUCAUUAGGGGCAGAAAGAGAGUCUUUUCAACCUCUGCCUGAUGGUCAUAGUGUGAUGGGUCAASCACCUCCAGACCUUGGUCCUAAGACUAGCCCUUUUAGAGCAGCGAUGUCAAUGCAAGAACCAAAACUGCCUCUUAGUAGUUGUCAGUCUGUCGGCGAGGAUACAGGUGGAAUGGCAUCAAGCUUCAGUGAUAUUACUGAUAAACAGAGAGUUGAUUCCUCAGUAUUGGGUGAUCUCUUAACGGUGUGUCAAUAUCCUAGUAACCAACACCCUGUAAGCACUGACAAAGAUUCCAAAACAUUCCUUUAUUUCCCCCCAAAUCGAUAUAUUUUUUAUGGUGCAGAAUUAAGUAACUCCCCAUUUCAUUCACCAUUUGACUCACCCACCCAUGACGAAGAUGUUGACAGCGAAAACUACAAUUCUGACCACGAUAGUCAAGAGCUGUCUUUACUUGAAGCUAAUGGAUACAGCAGUGAGGACGCAAGUGGUGACGGCAGUGAAGGGUAUGGCUCGGGAGCUAUGUCCGCUACUGAUCUAUCUAAUUAUGAUUUAAAGUUAAUAACGGGUGCUUUGGGAGAUUAUAGUUGCGUUAGUGAAGAAAAUAGUGUAAUGUCAGGGGUAGAGUCGUUUAGUGAUGAGAACAGAGAUGGCCGAUUAGAUAGCUUAGCCUAUGUCCUUCCAUCAGAAAAUGCUGUACGCCAGACAGAUACCACCAGUAUUGGGCCGUCAGUUGACAGUUGUAAAGAUAAUAAUACGAAUAUAGUUGGCCUAAAUGCCAGCAGUCUUAGCACAAGUAAUUUCGAUCCAACGACAAGUACGGAAUCCAACAACCAUACAUCCUAGCAUCAGUCUUCAACAUUUGUAAAUUCAUUUAAUAGUUACUGCUGUAAUUAGUUUUUUAUUCAAGUUGCGGAAAUGGAAAACUGCAUYUUUAGAUUUAGUACUUCAUUCGAUUUUUUUUUCUGUUUUUUUUUUUUAAGUACUGUAUUUACUACUAUCAUCAUGCCAUACAGUCAUUCAUAUUGAAAUGACGUGGCACUGUGACAAAAAAAUUCAAAUUCAGUCAGAAUUGCCUUUCUUCGGUCCAAAUGAAUUUAAAUUGCAUAUAAUUCUAUUCAACAAUUAUCUCUGCAGUCAGAAUAUUCUCAGUGCGAGUCAUCAAACUWCGACUUAUAGCGAAUUUUUCUUUCUUAUUCGAAAUUUGUAUUUGCAUUCGUAUUUCAUGACAAUAGUGAGACAAUAACCCACUUCCGAGAUUCGCUUUGCUUGUCACGCACAAAGGUUUCAGUACGAGGAUACGUGCUAAAUUAAAUUAAUUCUUACCGCCUGUCACGAAUCACUGAGCAUUAUGGUGAUUAGUCGAACAAAUGAAAGUGUGCAAGGGAUUCUGGUAGCUGUAGUAAAUGAUGCCUAUUCAAAUGUCCUAUUAAAGAGGAAUAUUUCAGAAAUUAUCCACAUGUAAAAAUUUUAAAUUCAAAUUCAAAAUUAUCCUUAUUUGCUUUUAAUUUCAACAUGAAUUUGCUUGGUUAUUAUCUGGGAUGAGACAGGAGAAGCAAGAGAAAUCACAUUCAUUUUUCUKUCUUUUUCCUCUAUCCAAGAUAAGUUUGAAAACGUUUUAUGGUCUGAUACAGGAAAACAUGCCCAAACUAAAGAAGUCUAUCAGCAAAAUAACACUGUCGUCUUUGAUUACAGAUUCGUGCAUAAAGAUUCAUUUAGGUCUAAUUUCAAAGUCAAAAUAUUCACAAAUAUCAAUAGAUACAGGAAUAUCCAAUAGAGCUGGUACAUGUUACGUCAUUGCCGCCAUCUUSGUUGACGAUAACAAAGCAUUCCUCAUMAGCUUCUCUURUUAGAUCAACCAAGAUGGCGGCUGUUUCAUYGUUAUUCAUAUCUCAAGGGAUUUUGACUCACAUGGUUGCACACACACUAUUUCAAUAUUGCAUCGGCUCAGAUAGUGAUGUAAAAUGUYCGUCAUAUCAUUUAUUCAUUCAAAAACGUCGGAGAUCUGAAACUAAGCGGAAUUUUUCAUGCUUUUACGUUUCCUGACUAAAAUACGAAAAAUCACAUUCCUAACUCAAAGGUCAUGCGUCAUAUUCCAAUGUAAAUGCAAACUAUGUUGCUCGGCUGUGAAUAUACUACAUUUUGCAGCAUGUUACUCGGUCUCUGAAUUCUUCGUUUGCACGUUACGUCAUCGCGGCCAUGUUCGUGCCAUUUAACAAAAGAUUUCUCCUUAGCAUCCAUUGCUAACGGUACCACAAUGGCCGCCAUGUUUUUGUCUUUUAACUCUUUUGGGAAUGCUUGCAACCCAUCAAGUCAGUUUUUCAGAUAUCCAACCUACAACGUUUUUUGAAAUAGGUGUAUAUUCUUCGUUUGUAUAUGACGUCAUAGCAGCCAUCUUGGAUGAAUCUAACAAAAAGAAUUGUUAAUGAAUUCUUUUUGUUAUAUCAAACAACAUGGCCGCCGUGUCUURUUAUUUCACUCCCUURGGAAAGAUUGAAAACUAGCGAUACAGAUGGCCAUAAGUUUAUCAAUGCUUAGCUGAGUCAACUCACAUUUAWUAUCAGUAUAUUUAUCAUUAUCAUAAGUAACGCGUUAGUAUUCCAUGAAUCUUUGUAGAAAUACAUAACUAUUCUAUGCGAAAAUGAGUUUUGAAAUUCGUUGAACAGAGACAGAGAAAGUUUUAGAAUCCUGUGAUCAAGACUGGUAGCCGCCUCAUCUUUGCUUUGUGGUUUCUUGCGGCGGGUUACCUGUGCUAGCCAAUAGACCAAGCGUUCCUUCGUUGUCCACUAUAACACAGGAGCCCCAACCACCAUUGCAAAAGAUGAGAUAUCUUUGAGAAAACCUUUUAUUGCGUCUUACUAAAUUCCCCAAAAGAGCUUGUAUUUUAUAAAAUAUAAUCAAGGUUCUGUACAAUUUUGUAAUUUGCGCAAUAUAGAGUUAGAAUAUUUGCAGUAGAACAUUGAUAUAUUAUUAUCCAUUCAAGGGUUAAUUUCAAAAUUCCUGUGAAACAUACACAGUUAUAAUACUUAUUUAUAGACCUCACAAAUAUUGUCGUGGUAAAUGAUUUAGUAUUCGUAGUUUUAUUAUUAGCAGUCGCAAGGGUUCAGGAGAAUGUAAGGAGUGUAUUUCAAAAAAUAUCUACUUACCUUCCCCACCCACCCCAUUAAUUCCCCAUAAUGGAGUAAGACUGAAAUUUCCAAGGGCUGGAAGAGCCUAAGAAUGACAUUCUUUAAGUGGAGGCAAGGAUGUUCUCCACCCCUCCCUAGUAGGGAGUUAAUAAUAAUUUUAUUAUUAUUAUUAGUCCUUUAUACUGUAGAGAUUUAGAAAAUGCAGAAAAUGCUUUAAAAUUCUCUAGUUAUUUUUUUCUCUUCCUUUAGUUCAAUUUCAUUUAGUUACAACUGUUAUAUUGGUUGUUUCACAGGGUUUUUGAAAUGACUUAAAUUCUUAGUCAGAUGUUACAAUAGACCUCCUCGGCUCUGACGUAAUUUUUCCCAUUUCAGACCACGUGUCAUUCCCUUGAGAAAAAUAUUCAUUGUUUGACUUGUAUCCAUAUUCAUUUGUCUUCUCAUGUGUAACCGAGCGCAAACCUUAAACAAAAAAAUGAAACUCUAGGGAAUGACGUGGUCUGAAAUGGGAAAACGUCGGAGCCGAUGAGGUCUAUUAAGAGACGAUUAAUGUUUUCUUUCUAGGGGGGGGGAUUUGUGAAAGGACAACGUUUCCUAUUUAGCCAGAUAUCAAAUGCCAAUAUCAUAGUAUUAUACAAAAUAAUAUACAUAUAUAUACACAUAGUUGACACAAGUAUUAUAUGAAUGUAAUCCUUGCUGUGCUAUGCCAAAAAAUAUGCUUUCAUUUACCAAGCUGUGCUGAAAUGAUUCAAGUGUAUAACCAUUUACCAAUUAUAGUUACUGGACGUGAAUUUCCAGGAAAAAACUGUUUCUUACUGGAAUUGGUAUAACUUUCCCAUUUUUUAAGAAGGAAUCCCGGUAUUUACGGUAAAUUGGAAAUGAUACUAAUCAUAGUAACUGGAAAUAAUUUUCCAGGCAAAAACGGGUUCUUACUGGAAUUGAUAUCACUUUCCCAAAUUAUCAAAGAAAUCACAGRAUCUGUGAUAACAUCAAUAAGGCAAAACCCGUGGCUUUCCAGAAAAUAUUUCAUCCUUACUGGAAUGGGCAUCACUUCCUGGAAUUGGUAUCCCUUUUUUACCUUACUGGAAUUGGUAUCAUUUUUCCAAUUUAUCAAAGAAAUGCUAUAGUGUCUGUGAUAUAUGUGCAUUCUUGCUAGACCGUCAAGCCAUACUUUUACUGCAAUCAGCAAAUUAAAGAUUCUAUUUAAAAUAUUAAAUAUCCUUGGCCGGUAAGCGGCUGAGAAGCUUCCCAUGUAAAUAUACAUUUGUAAAGCUUGUGUUAUUUUACCUGAAUAUAAAGUUUUCCUUGCUCUGCCUUCAAAGGCUCCUUA